CAUGGAUGCCGGAACCGGGGACUUCCUUCCUGCAGCGCGGUGCGGCGUAGCAUCCGCAGCGGAACCGUCAUGCCACAUUGCUCCGUUUUCUUUUUUACUCGGGCGUGGGAACUCCCAUAUGGUGUCAAACGGCAUUGACCUGCAGGACACGACCAGUAAUGAUCGUCCAGACCGCGGAUAUGCAUGGAUAUAGCUGGAUAGAGUCGGCGAGCAGUUCCCCGUGCCUGCAUGUACGCUUGCGGAACCAACAAGCUAUUAAUGAAGAAGUCCCGUGUGCCGGACCAACCCCGUGGGUACUAGUAACGAACCCAUCCCAAUCACCAUCGCAUGCUGUUGGUUCGUCGUCAUUCAUUCACUGGUUGAAGGGAAGCAGAACUUGGGGAUCAUGACUGUCGACCCGGCCAUUCUGGCCAUCUUUGGACCGGCCCCAGAUGGCCUCGACCUCGACGAGCAAAUUGUCACGGCUUACAAUGUCGUUGUGUGCGUUGCGCUCGGCAUCGCUGCGGCUUUUGUUGGGCUUCGGUUUUACGUGCGUCUGUUCAAGGGAUCUAACCUUUGGUACGAUGACUGGGCCAUCGUCUUCGGCAUUUUUUGCACCAGCGCAACAGUAGCAACCACAAUUUUGGCUGGAAAUCAUGGCGCCGGCGAGCAUAUCUGGUCAACUAACAUCUCCCGAUUCAUCAAGCUCAUCAAGCUUGUAUACGCAGAGCCCUACGUUUACGCAUUAGCCGUCACAUCCACCAAAGUCAGCAUCCUGCUGCUCUACCACCGCCUCUUCCGCUCAAAAAACGACUCGAACCGCGUCUUCACGAUCAUGUUCUGGGUGGCCGUUUUCCUGACGAGUAUAUACCCACUGAUUCUAUGGAUCACCAUGGCCUGCGCUUGCCGGCCAGUGAGUUACUACUGGAACCAAUAUCUCGGAGCAAAGGGGACCUGCAUCGAUACCCACCUAUUCUUCCUGCUACUUGGCAUAGUCAACAUGCUCAACGACAUUAUAAUUCUCGUCGUUCCCAUCCCGAGGAUUUUACAACUACACUUGAAGAAGAGAGUCAAGGCAUCCAUUGUCGGUAUUAUGUUGCUCGGAAGCUUUGUUUGCGUCGCGAGUAUUGUACGAAUUUACUACCUCAACGGGCUCUUCAAGAACGUCGACGUCGCAUGGUGGAUGGGUCCCUCCUUCGCCUGGUCCAGCAUUGAACCCUCAGUGGCCAUUAUCUCCGCAUGUCUGCCUACACUGGCGCCGCUAUUUCGCAUGGGCCGGAAUAAAUCUACGAGCAGCCCUUACUACGUCAGUGGCGAUAGAACCGGUCAGUCUGCGACGGGAAACUUGCAUUCGCGCAAUGUCCAUGGCCGCUACAACGCCGGGCAUUCGAGGAUUGAGGACGACGAGGUCGAGCUCACAUACAAGGUGCAGGGCGGUGACUCUUCGUCAAACCGCAGCCCGGAGAGUCAAGGGAGCUCGGAAUAUGAUCGCAAUAUCAUGGUCAAGACUCAUGUGUCAGUUGUGACACAGGGACGAGAAGAUCCUGCACGACGCAGGCAGGGUUGAUUGACAGUCGAAAAGGUGUUCUUGUCGCUAUAAAAUUGGCCAACUGCCGAUGGUGCGCAGAACAAGACCACAAGACGUCUCGGGUACGGUGCAGCACAUGGGAGCGCAUUCUCAUCACAAGGGCGAACAGCUGAGACGCGUCAUUACAUUUGCUUGUCUUCUAAACUGUCCACAGCGACAGGGUUCAUUCUGUACAAAUCAUUCAAACACAUACAAUUAGACUACUAGGGCCGCCUGUUCGGUAAUAUGUCCCACAAUAUGAGAGAAAGCAAUGGCAACAUUGUGAGCCAAUAGCAAGAAAAUCGGUCGGAAGUACAACGUUGAUUGCCUGUUAUUUCACGUUAAUCGACCAAAUGUGAUACAAGAGGUGUUCGACCUCCCAGUCGAUCGUUCCUAUAUGGCAAAUAUUGCACUUGUGGUUGGCCAGCGAUCCAAGAGGAUGAGCACGUUUUC